AUGAAGGCGCUACCGCUUGUUGUGCUUCAGGGACUUUUCGUCGUCCUGGUAGACGCUUUUGUCUUUCCCGUUGCGGACCCAGAAAAUGCAACAGUAGUCUUUAACGAUGGCUCAUUCUCAACACGAGAUGUAGAUGUCACAGACUUUAGCUGGGUGAAGCGAUGGGCUGCAGUUGGGGAUAGCUUCACGGCCGGUAUUGGCUCUGGAACGCCGCUGGGUAAUCCAAUCAGGGACCAACCUGAUGAUACGAAUUGGUAUUGCUCGCGAUAUGACACAGCUUACCCAAUGAUCAUAAACGACGCUCUCGGGCCAUCUGUCACGAACUUUCAGUUUAUGGCCUGCAGCGGUGAUCGUACCGGAGGCAUUUUCAACCAGAUUAACAAGAUGGAAGGCAACUUGGAUCUGGUUGUCAUGACGGCGGGUGGAAAUGACUUGUGUCUGUCCUCAAUGAUCAAGGAAUGUGUGUUCAUGGCUCUCGACGGAGAGGAGGCAUGCCAAAAUGUCAUUGACAUUGCCCAGAAGAACCUCAACUCCAUCCUGAAGGGCAACCUUGCCCAGCUGUUGGAAGCCCUCAACUCCAAAAUGAAUGAGAAGAGUGUUGUCAUCUUCAAUGGCUAUGCGCAAUUCUUCAACACAGAAAACGAAGAUUGCGCCACCAAGCAAGACUGGACACUCAUCAAUCUCUGGGGCGGCGAUCCCCUUCGCUUGACUGUCAAGCGCCGCAAGACGUUCAAUGAUCUUGUAGUUCAGAUCAACAACGUUAUUAAAGGUGCUGUUGCGGAUGCCAACAAGAAAGGUUACAAGUACCGCGUAGGUUUUGCGAAUUGGGACACCUGGGUGUCAAAGGGCGUUGAUGGCCAAAUGUGCGAUCCUGCAUCCACGGGACAUUAUCCAGACCCCAAACAGCCUGACUUGCAAUUCUUCAAACCUGAGACAAGCCUGGGUGAUGAUGGUCCAAACGGUGGAGAGUUGAGGAGGCGCGAUAACGCGACUUUCGCUGCUGAAUGGCAGUCUUAUAAGAGAUCGCUCGCCGUGGUCCAGAAACACAACGCAGAGAUUGAAUUGUACAACUCUGCGCUCUAUAACUCGGCGAAUCCAAAAGCAGUAGUCCGACACAGACUUGAUCGUCGUGCGCCUAGCCCUCCUAAAUGUCCGGGCGACACUGACGCUGAGAUUCAACCUCCCAGCAUUGGACUCCCAGACUUCAUUGGCAAGAUGUUCCACCCCAAUGAGCUUGGCCACUACACGAUUGCUUCGUGGGCCUUACAAACCAUGAUUGAUGUGAGGGCGGAAAUCCUUGGUGUUACACCGCCAGAGUGUCAAAAGACAGACAAGUUCACCUGCUGGCAGAGCAAGGGAUACAAAGCCUACGCCAGCGAACCACGGCUCAACGCCAACUACAAGGACUUUUGUGGCAGCGUACCCAACCCCAAUGGAAAGGACACUCUGAGCCACUCCCAAAAGUACGACGAGGGCACACCCGACGAAGUCAAGUUCUCCGUAUCCUACGACGGCACAAGCACCAACUAUGACGAGAAGGAGUGCGAGGAGAGCAUGUCUCGGAUCAUCAAUGGCUGUGACGGCAAUGAUUCCAAGAACCCCAUGGACUGGAAAUUUGGUGGCGAGUGGGUGCGUGGUGACUGGACAUACCAAGUGAACCCACAACGUGACAACAGACCUUGGCCCGUGAUCCAAAAGGCGGAAGGUUCUUGCAAAGGCUGGUAUCACGGUGUCUGGAGCUCGUAUGUCAUGAAGGGGAGAGGAUGGUCAAGCUACGACUAUGGUCAGAAAACGCUGAUGCCGGAGGCGAAGAGUUGCAUUGGAGGUGGUCUGACGCUUUGGAGAUUCAAGUACUUCGAUGAGCCUGAUAGCGAUGGCAUGGAGUGGCAGGCUGAUUUCAAUACGCCGAUUUGGGUGCGCAGCAGAUGUUUCAAGAAUAAUAAGGUUGCGUUUGCGGCGGGAGGCUUUACGGAUGGCUGUGGAGGAAAUGACUAG